UCCGGUUUUAGGCUGAAUUUGACACACAAUGAGGUGCAGGGAACAACCUAUCGCGAAACGUCGCUGUAAAUAAAUAGAACAAUCACUGAAGCCACAGAAUCAUGGAGAAUCAGUGCACAGUGCAGGUGAAGCUGGAGCUAGGACACCGAGCCCAGUUGAGGAAGAAGGUGACCUCGGAGGGCUUUACCCACGACUGGAUGGUGUUUGUGCGAGGGCCUGAGACUGGGGACAUACAGCACUUUGUGGAGAAGGUUGUCUUCCGGCUCCAUGAGAGCUUCCCCAAACCCAAGAGAGUAUGCAAGGAGCCACCAUACAAAGUGGAGGAGUCGGGCUACGCUGGGUUCCUCAUGCCUAUCGAGGUCUACUUCAAGAACAAGGAGGAGCCUAAGAAGGUGUGUUUCAACUAUGACCUCUUCCUGAACCUGGAGGGGAACCCCCCUGUCAAUCACCUGCGCUGUGAGAAACUCACCUUUAACAACCCCACACGGGAGUUCAGACGCAAGCUGGUCAAGGCUGGAGGGGUCAUGGUGGUGCCGGAAGGGACAGAGGCGGUGUCGAGGCCUAGUCCAGACUACCCCAUGCUCCCCACCAUCCCACUGUCUGCCUUCUCAGACCCCAAGAAGACCAAGACCUCCCACGGGUCAAAGGAGCCCAGUAAAGAGGGCAGUGGAGGCAGCAGUAAAGGGCCCAAGCCCCACAAGCUGACCAAGGAGCACCGCGAACGCCCCCGCAAAGACUCUGAGAGCAAGGCUGCGUCAAAGGGUGACAGUGACCGCGACGGGGGAGGAGGGGGUAGCAGCAAGAGUGCCCGUGAGCCCUCAUCCUCCUCUUCCAAGAAGCCAGCGGAGAUCAAAGUGAAAGACGAGGGCAAGGUCCUUCCCAAGGCUGCCUUCAAAGAGCCCAAACUCACACUGAAGGAGGCCAAGAUAGAGGGCAUGUCCCCCAAAGGAGGGGGGACUGGGGGAGGGGGCCCACUGGAGCCCAAAGCCCCUGGGAAGCGGCCUUCCACCGCGGAGUCUCCCAAACCUAGUGCCAAGAAGCCAAAGAAGGGCAGCUCAGAGGGAUCUAAGGGGGCAGCUGCAGUGCCCUUCACUGGAGCCUCUCCCCGGGUCUCGUCAUCAUCUUCAGUCAUCCCAGGCUACCCAGAGAAGAAACCCCCCAAGGAGAAAGGCCGCUGGCCCAAGAGCAGCAAGGCCGACACUCAGGAGGCCAAGGAGCCCAAGAAACUGCCUGAGUCUGACGACUCCAACUCUGAGGAUGAAGCCUCCUCCAAAUCAGAGCAGUCAGUCCCCUCCAGUCCCUCUAACUCCAGCUCCAGCUCUGACUCCAGCUCAGAGUCUGAUUUUGAGCCUGGACAGAAACAAGGCCAAGGCCCGCUGCGCUCUAUGGUGGAGGACCUACAGUCAGAGGGGUCAGAUGAUGAUGACAGCAGCUCAGAGGAAGGGACGCCUGUCAAGACCAACCCGCCCAACCGUGACUCUCGACUGAGCCUGGACAGCGAGAGUGACAGCAGUGAAAGCUCGCACCGCCCCAGUCGAGACCCGGCGCCGCCUCCACAGAAACACAGCUCCUCCAAUAACAAGGUCUUGGGCAGGAAGAGCCCAGACAUCUGCAGCCGCCCAGAGAAGGUGCUGAAGAAGGGAUACGACAAGGUAGGAAGGGCCUACACAGAGGAGUUGGUGGACCUCCACCGCAGACUAAUGGCUCUGAGGGAGCGCAACGUCCUACAGCAGAUAGUGAAUCUGAUCGAGGAGACGGGCCACUUCAACGUGACCAACACCACCUUUGACUUUGACCUGUUCUCUCUGGACGAGUUGACCGUCCGCAAACUACAGAGCUGCCUGGAGACCACGGCCACGUGACAGGAAGCCUGCAGCGCAGAGGACCGCGGCGGGGCCGGUGCUGGGCUGCUGUCUCUCCUCAGCCCCUGGACCCCCACUGGGGAGGUGGAGCUGUAGCAGAGCUACAGAGAGAAACCACAGAAUAACAAUAGAACACACACUUUCACUAUUUGCUGGAGAAUGGAGGAACAGGACGAGGGAGGAGAGAGGAUGAGGUCAGAGCAGCUUUGCCACUGUCCCGCUAACCUGAACUGGAUUGGAGGACCAGACUAGAGGAGCUGGCCUGGUACUGGCAAGAGAUGGGUUAUAUAUGUUUGCUAUGGAGAGCAGCAGAGCAGCCUGUGUGCAGAACUGUGGAAUGCGACCACUCUCCUCCCCCUCUCGCCUCACUUCUAGCCAUUGCAAACCCAAUACUUCCCUCCUCCUCUCCUUCCUCCCCACUCACACACUCUUACCCGGCACAACACUCCUCCCCUCCCCCUCAUCUCUGCUGGAGUUAAUUUCUCUGUAGGAAUAUUCCUGUCUAUGCAUGCAUUCGUGUGUGUGUCUGUGUGAGCAUUUCACUGGCUUUAGGUGGGAUGUCUUUGGUUAGUCACUUUUUCAGUGUUCUUUAAGCUAGCUUGAGCACAAGCAACAGCCCUUACACACACUCACAGUGAGAGGCAUUUGGGUCCCAUGCCAGGGUGUCUCUACACACGCAGGCACUAAGUUGUGUAUGUGCCUGUUGGUGGUAGUGUUCUGGAUGGGGUUCAUCUCUUGUCAGUUUGUCAGUUCAAACGUCCCUCCCUCCUUCCAUCUCGAUGUGCAUGAAAGGGCUCAACAGUUAGGGGAAAUAGCUGUGGAGGAUAACUUCUGAAUGGCCUUUUUAAGUGGUGGGGGGUAAAAAGCCGUAGCCAUAGACCCCCCCCCCAAAAGGGUCCACCCUUUUUUACAUUUUAUUAUUGUACUGAAUAGUUUGGAGUAUUUUGGGGAUUGCGAUUCAGAUACCUGUGAGCUAUGAAUGUAUUACUGUUCAUUUUCUAGGGCUAGCAACAAACCUAUUAUCCUCUCAGUGCCUUUAUGCGUUGGCCAGUGUGAGGGCCCACUGACACUGGUUAAAGAGCAAGUCCCUCUCCUGACUAAGUGUUACUUGGGAAGCCUGAAAGUCCAUUUGUCAUAAGUGCCCUCUUAAAAUCAGUUGAUGCUCCCAGUGGGGUUUCUCUGCUUCUUCCAGUGAUCUCUGCUAUUAUUAGGAACACAAGCCUUCCAGAAAUCCUAAGACUCAUCUGUUCAUCAGCGGUGGUACUUUGCCUUGUUUCUUUCCAGAUCCUAAUAUGAAUGGUUGUAUAGCUGAUAUUGUGUUGUGUCUGAGGUUUAGUUUUCUAUGGAUAGGGUCAGUGCCAGACCAGGCCUCAGUCAGCCAGUCAGCCAGUCAGUCAGCCUGCUAGACAUGUUUCUCUUACUGGGGCCCCUCUAGCCUUCACGUCCACUGUGGUUUCACACUCCGACUAACGGUAAAGUUUUCUCUUCGGGUGCUCCCCCUCACUGUCUUUCUGUUUCACCUAGUGAACAGCUGUAUUUAUUUUGAUGAUAAUAGCUUUAAUAAUUGUGUCCGUUCUGUUGCCUGGGCCUGCAAAGUGCACACACAGCUCUCUGGCCCUUGUUCUCCUCUGUGAGGGUGCUGUGGUGUUGAGGUCUGAAUGUGUGGAUCUGUUCUAGAGUGAAACAACAACCGCCUUAAGUUCCUCUCUGCAUCCACUCUGCUCUGUCCACCACCCCUUUAUUUGUCUGGCUGUGCCUAUGUCAACAUCCCUGCCAGGGAUUUUUAAAAGAUGUACUUUGCAACUGUGUGAGUGGGAUGGGUUGUGUGUGUCAAGCGAGAGGAACGCUCUUGUCCUCGUGUGUGUGAAUAUGAGAGGGGGGGGGGGCUGAAGGGUUGAGUGGCUGAAGGGUUGAGUGGCAGGCAGCUCUGUGCAGCUCUUCCAUAGAGAAGCCCCACCAACCGUCUACCAACAGUCAAUCUUUUAUUUAUGUACCUCUGCACUUUUGGCUGUGGUGACUUCAGUACUUAAGUAAUUAUCUAAACUGUAUUUUUAAGAAUUUUAUACAAUAUUUACAUGCAAUACAACAUGAAUAGAUUUUUUUGCCAACCUUUUUUUAAAUUAUUUAAUAGUUUUUAUUUGUGUUGGCAUGUGUUAUUAUACAUAUAGAAACAUGCUGUCAAUUCUGUUAUUUUAGGCCUAAUGUUGCGCCAUGGAGAACUUCCCUGAAUGUUGUAUUGUGUAUCAUAGUUGUUGCAGUUGGACACCAUGGAACAGGUGUUGGGAAUAUGUUUGAUGUAUGAGCUAACCAAGUCUAUAUCAUACGGUAUACAUUUAUCAAGGAGGAAAAGGUGGACUUUUCAGUGAGAAUAAGUAUUUUUUAUGUGUAUGUCCUAUUAUAAUUUGAGUAUUUUUAACUCAAAGUAUGAGGCAGUGUUCUAUUUGUCCGUACUCUAUGAGGCAUGGUUACGAAACCCAGGCACAAACUGUCACCCUCUCUUUGGUUCAAUAUUGAUCUGUAUUUUUAUCCAAGUGCAAUCCCUUAAACUGUUAAAAAAUAACACCAUAGGAAAAGAUACUACGGUGGAAGGAAGCAUUUCAAUUGAAUCUAUAUCAAUAUACAGUACCAGUCAAAAGUUUUAAAACACCUACUCAUUCAAGGAUUUUCAUUAUUUUUACUAUUUUCUACAUUGUAGAAUAAUAAGGAAGACAUCAAAACUAUGAAAAAACACAUAUGGAAUCAUGUAGUAACCAAAAAAGUGUUAAUCACUUAGCCACCCUUUGCCUUGAUGACAGCUUUGCACACUCUUGGCAUUCUCUCAACCAGCUUCACAAUGCUUUUCCAACAGCCUUGAAGGAGUUCCCACAUAUGCUGAGCACUUGUUGGCUGCUUUUCCUUCACUCUGUGGUUCGACUCAUCCCAAACCAUCUCAAUUUGGUUGAGGUCAGGGUGAUUGUGGAGGCCAGGUAAUCUGAUGGAGCACUCCAUCACUCUCCUUCUUGGUAAAAUAGCCUUUACACAGCCUUGAGGUGUGUUGGGUCAUUGUCCUGUUGAAAAACAAAUGAUAGUCCCACUAAGCUCAAAUCAGAUGGGAUGGCGUAUAGCUGCAGAAUACUGUGGUAGCCAUACUGGUUAAGUGUGCCUUGAAUUCUAAAUAAAUCACAGACAUUCACCAGCAAAGCACCCCCACACCAUCACACCACCUCCUCCAUGCUUCAUGGUGGGAACAACACAUGCGGAGAUUAUCUGUUCACCUACUCUGUAUCUCACAAAGACACGUCGGUUGGAACCAAAAAUCGCAAAUUUGACUCAUCAGACCAAAGGACAGAUUUCCACCGGUCUAAGUCUCUUCUUCCUAUUGGUGUCCUUCAGUAGUGGUUUCUUUGCAGCAAUUAGACCAUGAAUGCCUGAUUCACACAGUCUCCUCUGAACAGUUGAUGUUGAGAUGUGUCUGUUACUUGAACUCUGAAGCAUUUAUUUGGGCUGCAAUUUCUGAGGCUGGUAACUCUAAUGAACGUAUCCUCUACAGCAGAGGUAACUCUGGGUCUUCCAUUCUUGUGGCGGUCCUCAUGAGAGCCAGUUUCAUCAUAGCGCUUGGUGGUUCUUGUGACUACACUUGAAGAAACUGUCAAAGUUCUUGAAAUGUUCCUUAGUGACUGACCUUCCUGUCUUAAAUUUAUGAUGAACUGUUGUUUUUCUUUGCUUAUUUGAGCUGUUCUUGCCAUAAUAUUGACUUGGUCUUUUACCAAAUAGGGCCAUCUUCUGUAUACCACCCCUACCGUGUCACAACACAACUGAUUGGCUCAAACGCAUUAAGGAAAGAAAUUCCACAAAUGAACUUUUAACAAGGCACUUCUGUUAAUUGAAAUGCAUUCUAGGUGACUACCUCAUGAAGCUGGUUGAGAGAAUGCCAAGAAUGUGCAAAGCUGUCAUCAAAGCAAAGGGUGGCUACUUUGAAGAAUCUCAACUAUAAAGUAUAUUUUGAUUUGUUUAACACUUCCUUGGUUGCUACAUGAUACCAUAUGUGUUAUUUCAUAGUUGUGACGUCUUCACUAUUAUUCUACAAUGUAGAAAAUAGUAAAAAAACAACUUGAAUGACAUGCUAAAACUUUUGGCCGGUAGAGUGUGUGUGAUUAAGCAAAGGUAGACCAUCUACUGUGGAUUUUAACAAGAUACAAAGACAAAAAGCAGCAAAUGGUAACUGUUCCUUCUUCUGAUGCUGUUAGGAAUGUGAGGGGGCAUGUGCGGAGGGCCGCUUCCUGUGUCAAUGGUUGUCAUGUGUCGGGGACGGGGUUGGCUGUAUUUAUUUGUCAAGGGAGGGUUUGAUUGGGGGGGCUAAAAUGUGUUCCAUUCAUUUGGUUAAUGCUACCUUGGGCUGAACAACAAAAUGUUGUAUUUUAAACUUGGCAUACGAUGCCACCAUGUGGCCAUAUAAUGCAAGUUUUGAUAAGGAGAACUUAUUUUUUAUUUUGAAAUCAUAUUAAUAAAGUAAUUGAGUACUG